CGACGAACGACGUCGAUCUCCAGCUUCGAGUCUCCUCCACUGCACUAGAGGUUGCCCUCCCUGUGCUUCGCCCCUUUCCUCGGCCUCAAUGAACCGUCACCGUCUCUCUACCUUCAGUCUCCCCACUGAUGUCCCUGCGUUUUGGCAAUCUGUCGUGGAUGCGUCUCUGUCUUUCAUGAUCAGGCAAUUGGACGUGCCAAUUCUGGAUGCGGUCAAGUGGACGCAGUGGUGGCAAGCAAACGUGGCACUCAGUUUUUGUCUCCUCAACGUCGUCUUCCACUGGGCGGAGCCCUAUGACAGAUGCGAAGAGGACGAGAUUCCCGAAGAUGAGAUAGAGUCGCUGCUCAUUCGAGCUUGGAGGUCGAACAUGGAGGACGAUUUUCUUGGGAUCUUGUUCGGAGAAGUGCGAGACGGCCACCUGGCAUCCAUCACGAACGAGCUGCUAGUGUUUUUGAGCGAAGUACUCGACGAUCUGCCAUUGGAGAUUCUCUCGCGCUGUGACGAGAAGCUGGGGGCAGCUACGCUUGUUCGCACGUUGGAGUCACGUCUUCUGUGGUCCACGUGUACAGAGUUGGAGGAGGAAAGCUACUACGUGCCUUCGGCGGGAGUAUAUUUACACGUCGACGUCACCGAUCUUUCCCUGUGGGACCCGCUCAUCCAGCGCGCCCUCGCAAGAGAAACAAGUGAAGAAGAGGAGAAGGACGACGGAGAAGCAGCAUCGGUAAAGGAAGAAGAUCGGGAAUCCGAUCCCGAUUAUCGACGAUCGGAGAACGAAGAGUUGGAGGAAGCCGGUUCGGAGGAGGAGGCAGACGAAGAAGAAAACACGCCGAGAGAUUCAAGUGAACCAGCCGAGCUAACCAGGGAGGAACGGGAAGCCGCAUCCCAAAGACGACGAGAGGCCGCAGAAGGCAAAUGACCGAUCGUAGAAUUAGGGUCGUCGCCGCCACUACUGCAGGGCAAUCCAACACUCAACCCGAAG